GGGCUAAUGGGCGGGUGGGGGAAGUAGAGGCAGGUUCGUACCCAGCAGGGUCUAGGGGUACCCAGGUGAGCUGGCGAAAGGAUGAACUGAGUCGCUCUCCGACUCUGGUCCUGUACUUCCGGAAUCCCCCGCCGCCACCGAGAUGCGCCCGCCGUGGCACCUCCAGCCGGGCGAGAGGGGAACGGCGGGCGUUGGCGGCAGGUGGAAAUGAAUUCUCAACAGUUUCCUCGGUUAGGAACUCCUUCCACUGGGCUAAGCCAGGCUACUUCACAGAUUGCAAACAGUGGUUCUGCAGGAUUGAUAAACCCAGCAGCUGCAGUCAAUGAUGAACCUAGUCGGGAUGUUGAAGUUACUGCCAGGGAGCACAUUGGUUCCAGCAGCUCCCUCCAGUCUCGUGAAGAGAAGCAAGAGCCUGUUGUUGUAAGGCCUUAUCCACAGGUGCAGAUGUUGUCUACACACCAUGCUGUUGCAUCGGGCACCCCUGUUGCCGUGACAGCCUCACCAGCACAUCUGACACCUGCAGUGCCACUCUCAUUUUCGGAGGGACUUAUGAAGCCGCCUCCGAAGCCCACCAUGCCUAGCCGUCCCAUUGCUCCUGCUCCACCUUCUACCUUGUCACUUUCCCCCAAGGUUCCAGGGCAGGUUACCGUUACCAUGGAGAGUAGCAUCCCUCAAGCUUCAGCCAUUCCUGUGGCAACAAUCAGUGGACAACAGGGCCAUCCCAGUAACCUGCAUCAUAUCAUGACUACAAAUGUACAGAUGUCUAUUAUCCGCAGCAGUGCUCCUGGGCCUCCUCUUCACAUUGGAGCUUCUCAUUUACCUCGAGGUGCAGCUGCUGCUGCUGUGAUGUCUAGUUCUAAAGUAACCACAGUCCUGAGACCGACUUCCCAGUUGCCAAAUGCUGCUACAGCUCAGCCAGCAGUCCAGCACAUUAUUCACCAGCCAAUCCAGUCUCGUCCACCUGUGACCACCUCUAACACCAUUCCUCCUGCUGUGGUAGCGACUGUCUCAGCCACCAGAGCUCAGUCUCCAGUCAUCACUACAACAGCAGCACAUGCCACUGAUUCAACACUUAGUCGACCGACAUUAUCUAUCCAGCAUCCACCAUCUGCAGCAAUUAGUAUUCAGCGUCCUGCUCAAUCACGGGAUGUAACAACAAGAAUCACACUGCCUUCUCACCCUGGGUUAGGGACGCCAAAACAGCAGCUUCAUACCAUGGCUCAGAAAACUAUCUUCAGUACUGGCACACCAGUGGCUGCAGCAACAGUAGCACCUAUUUUGGCAACAAACACCAUUUCUUCUGCAACCACAGCUGGAACUGUGUCACACACACAAGCUCCCACAAGUACAAUCGUUACUAUGACGAUGCCCUCACAUUCAUCCCAUGCUACUGCUGUGACCACCUCAAACAUCCCAGUUGCUAAGGUGGUGCCUCAGCAGAUCACACACACUUCCCCUAGGAUCCAACCUGACUACCCCACAGAGAGGAGCAGCCUGAUUCCCAUCUCAGGGCAUCGGGCCUCUCCAAAUCCUGUGGCCAUGGAAACUCGCAGUGACAACAGACCAUCUGUUCCUGUUCAGUUCCAGUACUUUUUACCAACAUAUCCACCUUCUGCGUACCCACUGACUGCACACACGUACACCCCAAUCACCAGCUCUGUGUCCACCAUUCGACAGUAUCCAGUUUCAGCUCAAGCUCCAAAUUCUGCCAUAACAGCUCAGACUGGUGUUGGGGUGGCUUCUACAGUUCACCUGAACCCCAUGCAGUUGAUGACAGUGGAUGCAUCUCAUGCUCGACACAUUCAAGGGAUCCAGCCUGCUCCCAUCAAUACACAGGGGAUACAGCCAGCCCCCAUUGGGACCCCAGGAAUACAGCCAGCACCAAUUGGCACACAGGGAAUUCACUCAGCAACCCCAAUCAGUGCCCAAGGACUUCAGCCUGCAUCAGUGGGUACUCAGCAGCCUCCAACUGAAGGAAAGACUUCAGCAGUGGUGUUGGCUGAUGGAGCCACAAUUGUAGCCAACCCUAUUAGCAACCCAUUCAGUGCUUCUCCAGCAGCAACAACUGUGGUGCAGACCCACAGCCAGAGUGGUAGCACCAAUGCUCCAGCCCAGGGCUCAUCCCCCCGGCCAAGCAUACUUCGGAAGAAACCUGCCACAGAUGGAAUUGCAGUUCGAAAAACCCUCAUUCCUCCUCAGCCUCCUGAAGUGUCUAACCCUCGAGUGGAAAGCUCUUUGCGGAGUACAUCUGGGUCACCUAGGCCAGCAGGUGCCAAACCUAAGUCAGAAAUUCACGUAUCCAUGGCCACUCCAGUCACUGUGUCCAUGGAGACUGUGUCCAGUCAAAAUAAUGAUCAGCCUACCAUUGCAGUUCCUCCUACCACUCAGCAGCCUCCACCAACCAUUCCAACCAUGAUUGCUGCAGCUAGUCCCCCAUCACAACCAGCAGUAGCCCUCUCAACCAAUCCUGGAGCAGUUCCCAUCACUCCUCCCAUCACUACCAUCGCUGCUGCCAAUCUGCCAUCAGCAGGUGUGGGUGGCAGUCCCGCCUCAAUUUUGGUUCCUCCUGUGCCUGAAAUAAAAGUUAAAGAAGAAGUGGAACCAGUGGACAUUAUGAGGCCAGUUUCUGCCGUUCCUCCACUGGCUGCCAGCACUAUGUCACCAUCUCUUGCAUUGCUGGCUAACAACCUGUCCAUGCCCACCAGUGACCUACCACCUGGUGCUUCCCCAAGGAAAAAGCCUCGAAAGCAACAGCAUGUGAUUUCUACAGAAGAAGGGGAUAUGAUGGAGACAAACAGCACUGAUGAUGAAAAGUCCACCACCAAGAGUCUUCUGAUGAAGGCUGAGAAGCGCAAGUCUCCUCCCAAGGAGUAUAUUGAUGAAGAAGGUGUAAGGUAUGUCCCAGUGCGUCCAAGACCUCCCAUCACUUUGCUCCGUCACUAUCGGAACCCCUGGAAAGCUGCUUACCACCACUUUCAGCGAUACAGUGAUGUCCGGGUUAAAGAGGAGAAGAAAGCUAUGUUACAAGAAAUAGCUAAUCAGAAAGGAGUGUCCUGUCGUGCUCAAGGCUGGAAAGUCCACCUCUGUGCCGCCCAGUUGCUGCAGCUGACAAAUCUAGAACAUGAUGUUUAUGAAAGACUCACCAACCUACAGGAAGGGAUUAUCCCAAAGAAAAAAGCAGCAACUGAUGAUGAUCUACACCGAAUAAAUGAACUAAUACAGGGGAAUAUGCAGAGGUGUAAACUUGUGAUGGAUCAGAUCAGUGAGGCCAGAGACUCCAUGCUUAAGGUUUUAGAUCAUAAAGAUCGUGUCCUGAAGCUUCUGAAUAAGAAUGGAACUGUCAAGAAGGUAUCAAAAUUGAAGCGAAAGGAAAAAGUCUAGAACCAUCAAGAAUUGAGACUUUGGAAACACAAUUUAUGAAGAAUGAUAGUGGGAGUGGAGGGAGGAUUUUGGUUAUUUUCAAAAUGGAGCAUUGAAAUAAAGAAAAUGUUCCUUAAUUCACAUGUGAAAGCAGAGGGACCCAUGGCACCCAAUGUCCCGAAAGGAUCAGAGAUGACCUGACACAGUGAAUUUUAGGCACAUCCCUCUUAAGUUUACUGUGUCAUAAACACAUCCUGAUGCAUCACUGUCUUCCAGUUGGAAUCAGAGACACAAAAGAUGGCUGGCAUUUUUCAGCUUUCCAGAUUAUAAACUGUAUCUGACGGAUUCCUGUAGGACCCAGACUGAGCCUGGACUGAAAGUGUCCACUUGGACCACUUGUUAUCUCCGUACACUGAAAGUCAAACCUCUCCCCUCACCCCAGUCGGUUCUUACUCUCUGACCUGUAAGCCAGAGCUGGCAUUUUUCAGCAGUUCCAUGGCACCCAGAGACCUGCACAUCUCACACUCAAAAAGGAUUUGAACUAUCAAUUGUCAUUUUUAAGAACCAUUUCAAAAUGGAAUUAUUAUAUUGUCUGUCCUGUGUGUAUCAAAAAUUGGGUUUUUGUGAAAGCUCAGAGUAGGUAACACCGUAAAUUGCUCUGAGUUCCUUGUUCUGAAUUACACCCUUGGUUAUCUGUACUUCUGUAGCUGGUGUGAUGCUGUUAAUUGUAUGUACCACACAUCUCCAAAUGUUAAUAAAGGACUCAAAGAAGUUUCAUACAUCA